AUGGUGCGGAUUAUUCUCUACAUCCUGUCUGUCCUCCCUUCGUCCGGCGCCAUCCCCGCGCAAAAUACGACCAAUGGCCAACUUUUGGUCAUGGGCACUGGUUUCGGCUGCACUGGGGCCCUCUUUGUUUUGGCGGCGAUUUUAUAUUGCUGCAUACUCUGUGUGCAGAAGAGAGCUUCUACGUCCUGUAUCGGGACCUAUGUGCUCCAAAACAUUGAUAAAUUUGAACAAGCUUUAGAGCUUGUCCGGCGGGGUAUGAUACUUAGUAUCAGCUUUUAUCAUGAGUAUAUACUAAAUAUAGGGGUUUUCCAGGCUGUCGGGCAGCCCCCCCUCCGCCCAGAAACAUUUAAGGAUUGGCUUAACGCCAAGUUCCGCCUCUGGGGCCGAGAUCCGUCGGCUGCCGCCGCUGAUGGUGGUGAUGGUGGUGGCGAUGGUGUUGGUGGUGGUGAUGCGGGUGCUGCUAGUGCUGCUGGUGCCAGUGCUGGUCCACUGGGGCUGGGACUGGGGCUGGGACUGGGGGUGCGGGUGCCGGUGGUGGUGCUGGUGGUGCUGGUGCCAGUGGCUUUGGCUGGCCCCAGCGGUGGUGCUGGGGCUGCUGGGGCUGCUGGGGCUGCUGGGGCUGCUGGGGCUGCUGCCGCUGCCGGUGCUGCUGCCGGUGCUGUUGGGACUGGGGGUACGGGUGCUGCUACUGCUCCUACUACUGCUACUGCUCCUACUACUGCUACUACUGCUACUACUGCUACUACUGCUACUACUGCUACUACUGCUGGGACUGGUGCGGGUGCUGCUGCUGCUGCGCCCUGA